UUUAAAGUCAAGUAUUGAUCAGAAAGAAAUUUACCGUUGCAUAAAAACCAAAUAUUUUCUGGAAAUAAUUUUUUUUAAAUAUAUUAUAUACGUACUUAAAAAUCUAGAAAAUUCUCGUCUUGUUAUUGAAAGAGCCGAGGAGAGUUAUAAAAUGAAAAGUAAUAAAAAUAUAUUGAGUGGACCACCUUUCGCAAGGAAAUGGAAUUACAAAUCUGUUGGCGACUACUAUUUGAAAACUGUUCCACAACACGGAUCUGCAACUGCUUUGAUAAGUAUGGAAACAGGCGAGGAAUUAACUCACAAGCAGCUUCUAGAAAACAGUUUAAAACUAGCAAAAGCUCUAGAAAAACAGGGCUUAAGAUUAAAUGACCGAAUUGGAAUUUGCAGUGAGAAUAAUUUAAAUUUCGCAAUAGCAGCUUUCUCCAGCAUUUUCUUGGGCACGACAAUUUGUCCUCUGAGUCCAUUUUACACUGAAAGAGAAUUGAUUCACACGAUGAAAAUUUCCAAGCCAACAUACAUUUUCGUCUCAAUUUCGUGUUUGCCUAGAAUGAAAAAAAUUGUAAAGGAUUUGCCCUGGUCUACAAAUUUAAUUCUUCUCCAACCGAACCUUUCGAAUUCAGAAAUUCCUAAUAUUUCAGGUUUAAUUUCUAAAAUUCCAAAUUCAGAAUCGAGAAAUUUUAGACUGCCAGAAAUCGACAUAGAAAAUCACGUUUUAUUAAUUUCUGCUUCGAGUGGAACCACAGGACUUCCAAAAGGUGUGAUGUUGACUCAUAAAAAUAUUUUGACUAUGAUUCAACAGUACGAUGAAUGUAAAGUUCCUGUUACGCGAGUCAAUGGAACAAUGUUGGGACUAAUGCCAUUUUCCCACGCUUACGGAUUCUGUCUUUUAAUGACAGUUUUUGCAUUUGGAGCGACCCAAAUUAUCAUCUCUAAAUUUGAAGAAAACAUUUUCCUGAAGGCUAUUGAAAAAUAUAGGAUUCAAGUUUUGAAUUUGGCACCACCACUUUUAGUGUUUUUGGCCAAAAGUCCAAUUGUGGAUAAAUACGACUUGUCGUCUGUAACAAGAGUAUCAUCUGGAGCUGCUCCAUUGUCAGUAGAAAUUGAGGAGGCCGUAAAAAAAAGAUUCAAGCUUCCUUUUAUUCGUAAUAGUUAUGGAUUGACUGAAACAACUCUAGGUGUACUCUAUGUCCCAGACAAUUUUAAAAAGGGAAGCAUUGGAAUUCUACAUCUAGGAGUAUCAGCGAAGGUUGUGCCAUUAGAUGGGAUUUCAAAAGAAGCUUUGGGACCAAAUUGUGAAGGUGAAUUAUGUUUUAAAGGAGAUAAUAUAAUGAAAGGAUAUUGUUUGGAUGAAAAAGCAACAAAAGCUGCAAUAGACGAAGAUGGUUUUUUACAUACUGGAGAUGUUGGAUAUUAUGAUGAAGAUGGAUAUUUUUUUAUCAUUGACAGAGUAAAAGAACUUAUAAAAUACAAGGGUUUCCAAGUUCCACCAGCAGAAUUGGAAUCAAUUUUAUUAACCCAUCCAAAAAUUAGAGAUGCUGCAGUUGUUGGAUUACCAGACGAAUUUGCUGGAGAAUUGCCUCUGGCUUUUGUAGUUAAAAAAGCUGGAGUCCAAAUAAGAGCUGAAGAAAUUAUUAAAUACGUUAAUGAACGAGUUUCGCCACAAAAACGACUCAGAGGUGGAGUUCGAUUCAUCGAGGCGAUUCCCAAGAAUCCUUCCGGAAAAAUUCUUCGUAGAGAAUUGCGGAAUUUGUUAAAAUCAAAGUUAUGAAUCACUUUUCCUUUAUGCUCCCAAAUUUUUUAAUUAAAUUAAAUACUCGUACUUUUUGUUUAAUUUUAAAUUAUUAAGGAAAAGGAAUAUACUUUCUUGUUUUCCAUAUUUUAUG